AUGCCUGCAUCCACCCAGAGUUACAAGAGCGAUUCGCUCAAGUUGUACAAUGACCGCAUUCAAGGCUGGAUGGCGGAUGGGGGCCUCGAUAUUCAAGGCAGGCUGCUGGCUGGGAGCCGCAGCGGAGUACAGCCCCCAAGCCCGCGACCCUCAAAGAAGAAAUCAGCCAAGACAGAGCCCAAGGCGCACAUUUAG